GUAACGGAUGUUUCUAUUUUAGGAUCGGCGCAUAAUAAUUAACGUGUUUAGUAAGAUAAUUCAAAAUGCUGAGUCCAUGAAGAAGGAAUCGGUGGACACGCAAAACAGCUACCUCCUUCUUCAAUCGGAGGUUGAAAAAUGCAUGGGGUCCGCAACUGAAAGAAACAUCUUAAUCGAAGUAAAAAGCAAGCGGCUAAAAGAAGAAUUGGAAAAAGAAGAAGAGACUAACACGGUUGCAGCAAAAUACCUAGAAGAAAUAAACAACGAGAUAGAAAUGGACUUAAAAUCAUUAGAAAAGAUAAAUCUGGAGUUCCAAGCUGCGGAGGAAGCAGGUCGCGCUUACAAGCGAAACUUCUUGGGGAAAUUUUUCUUGAAUAGCGGGAACAACGAAAGGCUUCAGACGGGAAACCAAUUAGAAGAAAUGUAUGGUCGAAAACAGAAAAAACAAAACAGUGUCAAUGAGCGCCUGAAAGAGCUUAACGAGAAAAGGAAUCAACAUCUGCACAAAAAGAAAGAACUCUGCAAUAUGCAAGCUGGCCUGUGCAAUGUCGAAAGUUUGCGUCAGGCAAUUAUCCAUCUCAAAGACGUAGACGGUCGGUUCAAGAGUGUCAUUCAGUUGUGGGAGGACACUGCUACUACACUCAGGUCAUGGGAAGUGAACCUAAAGGAAAUAGAAAUCAUGCAAUACGCAAAACAGUUAAAGAAGUAUACGAGAUCUGUCAAAAAGCACUGCCAGAUAUUUGGCACAAUAUUCACCAACUACGUCAAGGAAAGCGACUCUAAUAUCAUAGGGCUCUACAAUUUCCUGUCACGUUCUAUCUACCACACGUCUGAUUCCGACAGAGAGGCGACGCAGGGGACAUUGAUUUAAUUUGUUUAAAACUAAAUGAAUCCGUUAUGAUAGACUGUAGAGAUUUGUCGCAAUAAUACAAUAUCAUAGGUUAUUACGUAAUCAAUUCUGUAAAAUAAUGUGUAUUUCUCUUUGUUUCUCAAGGAAUCGAUAGACAAUUUA